CAGUGGGCGUGAGGCCCGUGUUUAGAGAUGGAGCAGUAGCUGAUCUUUUGGAUUUAUGAAAAAGGAAAACUCCCAAAACAAAACAAAAAAACUGCAAAGGGCACAUGAUCCGAAGCAGGAGCAUUAGUCUACCUGCAACCAUGUCAGUGGAAAGCUCCAGAGAUGAAGCCAAGGCCUCAACUCUAGCCCCAGAUCCAGACCUGGUCCUGAAGACGGAGCCACCGUCUCCCCCUGAGCCAGCUCCGGGCCUGGAGCCAGCCCCUGAGCCCACCGAACCCGAGUCACAGCUGUCUGAGGAACCGGCUACGGAACCUGCUGCUCGGCCCCACGCGAAGCUGUCUGCAGAGCCGGAGACCGUCCCUGGGCCGGCGCCGCCGCCAGCUGCUAACAAGAUUAUGACAUUCAGGCCCACCAUGGAGGAAUUCCGAGACUUCGCGAAAUACAUAACAUAUAUGGAGUUGCAAGGAGCUCACCGCGCAGGCUUAGCCAAGGUUAUUCCUCCCAAAGAGUGGAAGCCAAGACGGUCGUAUGAGACCAUCGAGGAGAUGGUGAUUCCAGCUCCCAUCAUGCAGGUGGUGACUGGCCAGUCUGGUCUCUUCACCCAGUACAACAUUCAGAAGAAGGCCAUGACAGUCGGAGAAUACCGCAAGCUGGCCAACAGUAAAAAGUACUGCACCCCUUCACAUAAGGACUUCGACGACCUGGAGCGAAAGUACUGGAAGAACCUGACGUUCGUGUCGCCCAUCUACGGCGCGGACAUCAGCGGGUCCCUCUAUGACUCGGAUGUGAUGGAGUGGAACAUCGGUCAUUUGAACACCCUGUUGGACAUGGUGGAGCAGGAGUGUGGGAUUGUGAUCGAAGGUGUGAACACGCCCUACCUCUACUUCGGCAUGUGGAAGACCACGUUCGCCUGGCACACCGAGGACAUGGACCUAUACAGCGUCAACUACCUGCACUUUGGCCAGCCCAAGUCCUGGUACGCCAUUCCCCCGGAGCACGGCAAGAGGCUGGAAAGACUUGCACAAGGAUUCUUUCCCGGCAGCUCGCAGGGUUGUGACGCCUUCCUCAGACACAAGAUGACGCUCAUCUCGCCCUCCAUCCUGAAGAAGUACAGCAUCCCCUUUGACAGGAUCACCCAGGAAGCGGGAGAAUUCAUGAUCACCUUCCCGUACGGCUACCACGCGGGCUUCAACCACGGCUUCAACUGCGCAGAGUCCACCAACUUCGCCACCCUGCGCUGGAUCGACUACGGCAAAAUGGCCACGCAGUGCACAUGCCGUAAGGACAUGGUGAAGAUCUCCAUGGACGUGUUUGUGCGCUGCUUGCAGCCCGAGCGCUACGAACUGUGGAAGCAAGGCAAGGACAUGACCGUGCUGGACCACCUGAAGCCCACGAGCCUCACCAGCCCCGAGCUGGAGAACUGGAGGAAGAACAGAGUCACCUUCAGGGAGAAGCUGCUCCGGAGAGCCCAGCAGAAGGUGAAGCAGCUCCGUAGGCUCAAGCCCGAGGAGCUGAAGGUGCUGCUAGAGGAGGGGGAGGAGCUGGACGUGGCCGACUACCAGCGGCGGCUGGAGGAGAAGGAGGCCCAGAGGAGGCAGCAGCGCGACGAGCGCAUGGCCAGGGAGGCUCUGCUCACCCUGGAGGCACUGGAGAGGGAGGAGCAGGAAGCGGCGCUCCGAGAAGAGGGUGCCCAGCCGCCCGACCCAGGGGACGGAGUGCAGAAGAAGAAGAAAAAGAAGAAGAGUGUGAAACUGGCCAAGGAGGAGAGCUUCCAGCAAGCCUUCGAGCAGUUCGCCAUGGCCAAGGCCUCCGAGGGCCACGGGAACGGGGGCGUGGUCAUCGGCAGCUCGGACACCGCGCUGCAGACUAACUCCUACUCGAAGAUGAAGAUGAAGGUCGAGGUGAAGAAAAGUCGCAGGCAUCCAUUCAGCAAGCCUCCCACGCGCACCCUUCUUUCCGUCGUGAAGCAGGAGGCCUCCAGCGACGAGGAGCUGUACUCAGGGCUGCCAGUAGGGGGCGGUGCAGAGCAGGAAGUGAAGAAACCAGAACAUUGUCAUCUGUGGCAAAACCGUUCGCCUGAUUUCAUGGCUGAGAAGAAGUUCAACGCUGCCAUGGCAACCAUUGAGCCUCACUGUGCUGUGUGCACACUGUUUUGCCCAUACACCCAGCCUCAUAAGGACCCCCCUCCCUCGGGGGACGUGUCUUCUGGUCAUGUGUCACAAUGCGGCGAGUGGACUCAACCUCUGGUCCCUGAAAUGUGCUUCAGUGCCGGCCCUGACAACACGGAGCCUCUGCCCUCCAGCUCCCUCAUCAGGGAGGACGGCACCAGUGUUCUCCUGGCCUGCUCGGGCUGCAACCUUCAGGUCCAUGCCAGUUGCUAUGGCGUCAGGCCGGACAUGCUGCAGGAAAGCUGGAUGUGUUCUCGCUGUACUGCAGUGGCCUGGACGGCGGCCUGCUGCUUGUGUAACCUAAGAGGAGGCGCUUUGAAGAUGACGACAGAUGACAGGUGGGUGCACGUGACCUGUGCCAUUGCUGUCGCCGAGGCACGCUUUGUUAACGCGGUAGAGAGAGAGCGUGUUGACGUGACUGCUGUCCCAGAGACCAGGAAGAGUCUGAAGUGCAUCUUUUGCUACAAGACCACAAAGCACAUCUGCGGGGCAUGCAUCCAGUGCUCAUACGAAAACUGCUCCACCUCCUUCCAUGUCACCUGUGCCCACCUGGCCGGGGUCGUCAUGAAACCUGCUGAUUGGCCAUAUGUGGUGUCUGUCACAUGCCACAAACACAAACAGACCAACCUGAAGGUGAAGGCGGGACCACGCGACCUCACCCUGGGGCAGCAGGCUAUCGGUAAAAGCAGCGAUGGCUGGUUCUACCGUUGCACCAUCGUGGGCAUUGCCACUCAGAGAUUCUACGAGGUCAACUUCGACGACGGCUCCUACUGUGACAACAUCUACCCCGAAAAUGUGCUGAGUCAUGACUGUUUGCGUAACGGCCCUCCUGAACUGGGGGAGCUGGUGGUUGUGAACACGGUAGACGGACGCGUUCUCAACGCCUCGUUUGUCAGGGAGCACACCCACAGAUUUUACCAGGUGGAGUUCCAGGACGAGUCUCAGUUGCUUCUGAAGCAGAGCGAGAUCCACUCUGUGCAACAGGACCUGCCUAAGAGGGUCCUGUCUCGUCUGGUGACGGUGAGUGAGCAGGAGGCCCAGAGCCAGACCAACGAGGAGCCCCAGGCAGCCAAGCGGCCUCGCCUGCCCACGCCGCCCCCCGCGCCUGCGGUCCAGUCCCUGGAGACCCCCGAAGGCCCCCCGCUUGCUCUCUACCCGGGCCUCGGGGUUCCCCAAGGUGCCGCUACUUGUCCCUCCGUCUCGGGCCAGCCUGCGCCCGUGGCUGUCCUGCCCACCCCGAUCGCCAUCAAGGAAGUGGACAACGAGAGCUACACCCACAGCUCCAGCUACAUCGCCUACAUGGAGUCUCUCCUCAACUCGGACUUCCCCCCCGAAGAAGCAGAUCGGGGGCCUGAGCCUAUGUAUUAGUGCAGCCCCCCAUGCGCAACACUAGCUAGCCCAGUGCUAGCUCAGCAUUAGCCCAGUGCAGCUGCUCCUCUGCGCUGACAUAGACUUUGCGGAAAACCCAUUACUGCAUGUUGGUCUCUGUCUGUGGCUCUUUCCCUCGCUCUUAUACUCUUUUCCCGGCCUCCGCGUAUACGCCGGCAGUCCACAGGAAGUGCGUAGGUGUACGUGUUUGGGUGGGUGUGCGUUUGUGUGUAUCUGAGGGCUGCUCCUACCCCUCAUGCAUUAAAGCAUCUUUCUCUAAGGUUCUGCAUUCUCUCUCACCUCACAGAGAGAGGCAACGAUCAUUUUAUUACAUGUGCAGCAUUCUUUAUACUGAAUUAUAUCAACCCAGUGUGAAGUAUUUUUCUAACUCAAGCCAAAACUCACUCAACUAAAGACUCAAGGCAAACGGACUGUCUGGUUCUGUACAGUUUUGAAAAGUUUUUUUUUUUUUUUUUUUCCUGUCUCUGCAGUGGAGGGAUGGCAGGGAUGAAGGGGAGGGUUAACACGAGUAUUUAAACAUCUUUAUUAUUUGUAUAAAGCAAAUGACAGAUAUGGCAACCUUAGAAUCUCCAUUUUUAUGUCUGAGAGUUUGGUGUAGAGACGAUCUGUUUAAGAUAUAGUUCUAAAUGUGUUCAGAAACUCUUGUAACGCAUAUACGCAAAACGUUACAAUGUAUUUUCAGUGCCAGGUGUCUGGACUUGUUUUUGUAGCAGACUUCGUAAAAAUGUAGACUUGAUAUGGAAUAACUGUUCGAUUUGUCCAUUUUUAUGAUGAUAACUGUCUUUUUGCUGUUGUUAUUGGUUCUGUUUUUAUUUUGUUGGUGAAAACUUCAUGUGAAAAGAACAAUGGCAUAGAUUUUUUU